AUGCACACCUGGGGGGGGCCGUGGGGCUCAGGAGCUGCUAGGGCCUCAGGAGCUGCUAGGGCCUCAUCCGCAGCCCGACCCGGGGCCAGCAGGGAAUGGGAUGGGGAGGGCUUCCUGCCGAGGGACCGGGGCACAACCGCCGCCUGCCCCGGGACGCACACCGACCGCGGCCUCUUCUUCUUGCAGCGUUCAGGAACCACUGCAGGAGCGCCGCAAGGGGAGCGGAUUGCCACCUGCAGCUCCCCGGCCCAGAACGCGGCCAUGGAGGAGGAGUUCUGUGCCAUCUGCCGCGACGCUACACCUGACGCCUGCGUGGUGCCCUGCGAGCACCGCUUCUGCCUCCGCUGCAUCCUGCAGUGGACCUUGAGGAAGUUCACCUGCCCGCUCUGCAGGAGCCUCAUGUGCACCAUCCGCUUUGCGGUGCGGGCAGACGGCUCUCUGCCCUGCGUCAUCACGCUGCCAUCCGAGUACGAGGCGGAGAGCCACGACACGGCCGCCCUGUGGGACGUCGCCAUCCCGCGCCCCGCUCCGUCGGGCAGCCCCGCGGGGCACGUGCAGGAGGAGCUCCCCGACGCGUCCCACGCGGCUCCCGGCGAUGCGGCCGCCCGGCCCGCCGGCACGCCCGGCUCCGGGGACGCGGAGGAGCCCCGGCAGGAGGCGGCGCCGGGACCUUCCGCCCAGGACAGCGGCGGCGACCCCGGCACCGGCCCCGGCACCGCCGAGCGGGGCAGGGACCGCUCAGCCCGGGGGUCCCGCCGCCCCAGCAAGAGGAGGGCCCGCAGCGCCCGCAGCACUUCGCAGCCCCGCAAGAGGCCGCCCCCCCGGCCCCAUUAA